AGGCCUCAGCUUGACCUGCUGCAGUGCAGCCCUUGGGACUAAAAAAACCUUCCACCUCCUGCUCAUCUGCUUCACAAGUUAUCGCUAUGGUGCUCGUGCGCAGGCCGUGGCCCGCCUUGGCCACAGUGAUUCUGGCCCUGCUCGUCUGCCUGGGGGCUCUGGUCGACGCCUACCCCAUCAAACCCGAGGCUCCUGGCGAAGACGCCUCCCCGGAGGAGCUGAGCCGCUACUACGCCUCCCUGCGCCACUACCUCAACCUGGUCACCCGGCAGCGGUAUGGGAAAAGAGACGGCCCGGACGCGCUCCUUUCCAAAACGAAAAAAACCGACGGCGAGAACCGCCCCAUCAGGUCGCGGUAAAAGCGCCCCCGUCACCACACAUCCUGCCUCCGAGAGCGCGGCCUGGCCCCACCCUGGCAACAUCACUUACGACGUCUCCCAGGCUCGCCUACCCGAGAUCCAAUUCCUUCCCCUUCGCUUCCGCAGGUCGGAGGUCCCAGAAAAAAAAUGAGGACCCCUGAGGCCUCCUGGGAGAUCUGCCAACCACGCCCAUCUCAUUUGCAUAGCACUCCCUACCCCACAAACCCGGAUUCUGCCUCCCGACGGCGGCGUCUGGGCAGUGUAAAAAAACGGCCCUCCGCCCGCAUCUCGGUGCCCCCGCCCUCUGGGCUGGAGGGCUGUGUGAAAAAAAUCCGUGGUCCCAAAAUAAAGAGCAAAUUCCACAG